CCAUAUGGGAUGCUGGGAAUCGAACCCGGGUGGGCCUUGUGCAAGGCAAGUGCCCUCCCUGCAGUACCAUCGCUCUGGCCCCAUGGCUUCCCUCCUUGUAUCCAGGUGUUGGUUUGUCCAAGUCUUUGAACAAGAUGUCCUCAGGCCAGGACAUCCGGGAUCUGUGGACCAAGGCCACACUGUCACAGGUGGAUGGGUCUGUGUCCCUGAACAUAGUCUAUGAAGACAUCGAGUCACAGAGCAGUUACUCAAGUUCCAGGAGUGAGGCUCUGUGGAGCCGCAGCAAGGAGUCCCUCAUGCACAUCUGGAAAAGACCCGACUCCGAAGAGGACAAUGUCUCGCUGAAAAAGUCCGACACCUUCCUGGAUAAGCUCAGCGUGGGGAGGCUGUCAGACCGGGACAUGCCUACAUACAGAAAAAUCUCUUCCUCCUUACUAACCGGUGUCCAUAAGUACGCACCCCAUAAACCUUACUGGAUGGAGCAACACACCAGGCUGCCGCUGCCACUGGUGGAACUGAUGGAAAAUGAAGUUCUGGAAAUCCUCACCAAAGCACUCAAGAGUGAGCCCCUCCCUGUGCUCCCACAGGGAGCCCCGGGGAAUUUUGCAGACGGGGGGUGGUCCCUCCACACACACCCCCUCAGAGAGUGGAGUUUUAGGAUGCUGCCCGCACUACCCGUGCUGGCAUAUUCAAUAUGCCAAAAAACAGUAAUAAGUCUCACAAUAGAGACGUUACUGGUGCCCGCUCAAGCAAAUCGAUGAACAACGGGAAGGCAGUGCUACAGUGCUGUGCUGUCAGAUUCCCUUACUAUCCACAAAUAUUCCAGGAGUUCCGCAAAAAGUAAAAGGCUAGGGGCCAGAGAAAUUUUACAGUGGUUAAAAUUAUCUCUGGCAUUGCACAUGGGCAUAUGGUCCCGUGUGUGUGUGUGUGUGUGUGUGUGUGUGUGUGUGUGUGUGAGAGAGAGAGACAGCUGCUAGGGCUCCAGCCUUGUGAGGCCCCUCUUCUCCACCUGCCCUCUAGAUGGCCUUGACCCCCUCCCAGGAACUCUGAGGAGACUUUGGGCAGGGGAUUAUUAUUAUUAUUUAAUUUUUUUUGUUGUUUUGG